AUGGCUUUUGUCGCCGUUCACAUAGGAGCUGGCUUCCAUUCGCCAUUGAAACGUGAGAAAUAUCAACAAAUAUGCACCAUUGCUUGCGAAGCAGGAAUGCGAUUAUUAAAAAACAAUGCCAGCUCAAUUGAAACCGUUGUUGCGGUGAUUAAAUGCCUGGAAGACGAAGACUCAAUUGAAACCGUUGUUGCGGUGAUUAAAUGCCUGGAAGACGAAGAGUUGACAAACGCCGGCUAUGGCUCUAAUUUAAGUAUUAGUGGAAAUGUUGAAUGUGAUGCCAGUCUGAUGGACGGAAGUGAUCUAAUGUUCGGAGCGGUUGGUGCCCUGCAAUCGGUGAAGAAUCCAAUUGAAGCCGCCUACUGUGUGCUGAACAGCCAACGUACCCCAAUGCCUUUAGGGCUGAUUGCGCCGAAUUUCCUCGUAGGCGAAAGUGCCAGUAAAUGGGCAAUCUCCAAGGGCUGCGAGCAGUCCAGUUUACUGUCGGAGAAAGCGGCGCAAGUCUAUGAAAAGUAUAGAGCUAAACUGGACAGCUACCAGCAAGAAAACGAGCCGUUUCAGGAUUUGCCGGUAAAGCGUGCCCGGUACGACACCGUCGGCGCCGUCGUCAUUGAUCUGCAGGGAAGAGUUGCCUCGGGCGUCUCAAGCGGUGGUCUCAUUCUCAAACAGGACGGACGCGUCGGCCAGGCGGCCAUAGCAGGGGCCGGCUGCUGGGCACAGGAGAAUGUAGCCGUUUCAACCAGUGGCAUCGGCGAGUACAUCGUUCGUACCUCACUGGCAAAAGAGUGCGCAAAGGUACUUCUCGCUAACGACAGCAGUGAUCAGUGUCCGCUUUCGGCGGUCACCAAAGUCUUUCAAGAGCAGUUCUUUG